CGGGCGGCGGCGGCGGCAGCGGCGGCGGGCCGAGGAGCCGGGCGCUAUGGAGCGGAAGAGGUGGGAGUGCCCGGCGCUCCCGCAGGGCUGGGAGAGGGAAGAAGUGCCCAGAAGGUCGGGGCUGUCGGCGGGCCACAGGGAUGUCUUUUACUAUAGCCCCAGCGGGAAGAAGUUCCGGAGCAAGCCGCAGCUGGCGCGCUACCUGGGCGGCUCCAUGGACCUAAGCACCUUCGACUUCCGCACGGGCAAGAUGCUGAUGGGCAAGCUGAGCAAGAGCCGGCCGCGCGUGCGCUACGACUCGUCCAGCCAGGCCAAGGGCAAGCCCGACCUGAACACGGCGCUCCCCGUCAGGCAGACGGCAUCCAUCUUCAAGCAGCCGGUGACCAAGAUCACCAACCACCCCAGCAACAAGGUGAAGAGCGACCCGCAGAAGGCCGUGGAGCAGCCGCGGCAGCUCUUCUGGGAGAAGAAGCUGAGCGGUCUCAACGCCUUUGACAUCGCCGAGGAGCUCGUGAAGACCAUGGACCUCCCCAAGGGAUUGCAAGGCGUGGGGCCCGGCUGCACAGAUGAGACCCUGCUCUCGGCCAUCGCCAGUGCACUGCACACCAGCACCAUGCCCAUCACGGGGCAGCUCUCGGCCGCCGUGGAGAAGAACCCCGGCGUGUGGCUCAACACAGCCCAGCCGCUCUGCAAGGCCUUCAUGGUGACCGACGAGGACAUCAGGAAGCAGGAGGAGCUGGUGCAGCAGGUCCGCAAGCGGCUGGAGGAGGCGCUGAUGGCCGACAUGCUGGCCCACGUGGAGGAGCUGGCCCGGGACGGGGAGGCGCCACUGGACAAGGGGGGCGCCGACGAGGAGGACGACGAGGAGGAGGACGAGGAGGAGGAGGAGCCCGACCAGGACCAGGAGAUGGAGCAUGUCUAGAGCAGGUGCCGCUGGCAGGCGGUCCCAGACCAGCUGGCGCAGUGGCUGUGGGGCUGGAGGACGUCUGGGGUCCUGGGACCUGCCGCGCGUGGCGGUGGUGCCGGGCCAGAGCCCCAUGAACCCUGCAGGACGCCCGUGGGCACUGACAGGCCCGUCCCCUUUGCCCGGAGGCCCCGCCCGCAGACUCACCCUCACCUGUUGGGACCAGGCUCGGUGGCCUCUCUUUGCCCUUCCCAGGCGUGUCCCUUCCCCGGGCUGCAGGGCAGUGGGGGCACAGCUGGAGGACGGCCCCUCGCCCUGUGCACCCCAUGUUUGCUCUUCUCUAAGGGGCCUGGAGCCGACAUGCCAGAGGCUCCUCGGGGUCACCCCUCCACAGACUCGGGCUGCCGUGCCCCUGACAUUGCGGCCAGCCUUGUCCCUGUGGCCACCACCCCAAGCGCCUCAUUCAGGACAGCUGCCGCCAGGUGGGACGAUGUGGCGGGGCCAGGCCUCGUGGCAGGGGUCAGGAUGGCUCCCUGGGCACCUGCCCCGCUGGGCAAAGCCGGGGCGCUCGGAGCGCAGCCGAAGGCAGAUGGCACAGGUGUGUCCUUCCCUGACCGAGGUGCAGACCGGUGGAUGUGGGCCCUGCCUGGCCUCCGCUGGCCGCGCAGACGGGAGCACAGGCCGCGCCUCUGGAAGCCUUGCUCCCCGCAGUUGGCCGCCCGGCCUGGGGCUCAGCUGCCAGCACCGGAGGACACUUGUGGCCAGCGUGUGCGUGGCCGGACUUUCAAGGCCGGGGCUCCAAGACAGCUCCGCAUUGGCCAACCUCCGUGCCUCAGUUUCCCCCUGUUCCCAGGGACAGUGACGCCUGGCUCUCGGGGCUGCAGGCUCUCAUGCUGCCCGGCCGGACCUGGCUGGGGCCACGGCUGCUCUGCCUUCCUGUCCCGGGCGUGUCUCUGGCCGAGCAUUUCCCAGGGAGCAGGGGUGUCAGGAUCCGGCCUGAGUGCCUUGGUGAGGGGGGUGCCCACCAUCCCCACCUCGGUCCCAGGAACACCCUCGGGGGCCCCGCCGGCCCUGCCCGCAUCGGCCUUAAGCCCCCAGAGGGUCCCUGGGUCAGUUGGAGGCACCGGCCCUGCCCUGCCAGCAGCCUGUGACCAGCGGGAAGGCCCCGGUGGCCGCCUCACCUGGCCGGGCGCCCUGGCUGAUCCGGGGUCUGGGGGUGGUGGGAGCCCCCCUGAGCGUGGGAGGUUGCUGCCCGUCGGUGGCCCAGGAUGCCGGCUGACCGCAGCCCCCCGCGUCAAGUUGAAGCACAAAUCCUCAAAAAUGGUAGACUCUGCAGCCGGGGGCCACCGGCCAGGCACCACGGGCCCCCAGGAAGGCCCCUCCCCUGAGGGCCAGAUGUCCCACCCCUCCUGGAGGCCGGGCGGGAGGGGAUGCCAGGUGGGGGCCUGGCCGGGGGUUGCGAGGUGUCCUGUGGGCAACUGAAUAAAGCCAUCUCUGUGCGCGCA